UGGCAAACAAAUGUUAAAAAUAAAAUCGCUAAAACUUAAAAAUAAUAGUUUAUGCUGGCUCUUAUCGAGAUCUUGUAAGCAAUAUUUACGUAAAAUGUCUACCUCACAAACAGUAGUCCAUUGGUUCCGUUUGGACUUACGUUUACAUGAUAAUCUUGCACUACGCAAUGCAAUAAACGAAGCUGAAAACCGUAAACACAAUUUAAAACCCAUCUAUGUUAUCGAGUCAGACAUUAAAAAUAAAAUUGGCGCAAACAGACUAAGAUUUCUUCUACAAAGCCUCCAAAAUUUAGACGAAAAUCUUCGUAAAAUAAAUUCUCGUUUGUUUAUAGUGAGAGGAAAAGCUGUUGAUAUCUUACCAGAAUUAUUUGAGAAGUGGAAUGUAAAAUUUUUAACAUUACAAGUUGAUAUUGAUGCAGAAUUGGUUAAACAAGAUGAAAUAAUUGAAAACUUUUGUGAAGCAAAAGACAUAUUUUUAGUGAAGAGGAUGCAACAUACUGUGUAUGAUUUCAACAGUGUUAUUAAAAAGAAUAAUGGUGGUAUUCCACUAACUUACCAGAAAUUUCUUUCACUAGUUGCUGAAACUCAGGUAAAAGACACUGUUGAGAUAACUAAGAAUAUUUCUGAUGAAUGUAAAUCUGCAGAUUUUGAAUCGGAAGAUUUUAAAGUUCCGACAUUAGAAGAAAUAGGUAUUAAUGAGUCUGAACUUCUAGAAUGUAAGUAUCCCGGAGGUGAAACUGAAGGGUUGAAAAGACUCGACAUAUACAUGAGCAAAAAACAAUGGGUUUGCAAUUUUGAAAAACCAAAUUCAUCACCAAAUAGUAUCGAGCCAAGUACAACAGUAUUAAGCCCCUAUAUAAGUCACGGUUGCCUAUCUGCAAAGUUGUUCUAUCACAAGUUAAAACAAGUAGAAAAUGGAAUGAAGCAUACACUACCACCAGUGUCACUGAUGGGGCAACUUAUGUGGAGAGAAUUUUAUUAUGUAGCUGGAGCAGGAACAAGGAACUUUGAUAAAAUGGUAGGGAACACAGUUUGCACACAAAUACCUUGGGGAAAAAAUGACAUCCAUCUAAAAGCAUGGGCAGAAGGAAAAACUGGGUACCCAUUUGUUGAUGCAAUAAUGAGGCAGCUAAAGCAAGAAGGGUGGAUCCAUCAUUUAGCUCGGCACAUGGUGGCAUGUUUCUUAACAAGAGGAGAUUUAUGGAUAUCAUGGGAAGAGGGGGCUAAGGUAUUUGAGGAUUACCUCCUUGAUUAUGAUUGGUCUUUAAAUGCUGGAAACUGGAUGUGGUUGUCAGCCUCUGCAUUUUUCUAUAAAUAUUACAGAGUUUAUAGUCCAAUCGCAUUUGGCAAAAAGACAGAUAAAGAAGGUCUCUACAUAAGGAAAUAUGUUCCAGAACUUAAGAAAUAUCCAAGCGAAUUUAUUUAUGAGCCAUGGAAAGCUCCCAAGUCUGUACAAAGAACUGCAGGUUGUGUUGUAGGUGAAGAUUAUCCUAACAGAAUUGUUGAUCAUGAUAAAGUACAUAAAGAUAAUAUACAGAAAAUGAAUGCAGCUUAUAAACUUAACAAGGAAAAGAAAGCUUUAAAACGAAAAAGGUGAUAACUUUUUACACAUUAAUAAGAAAUAAAAAGAGAAUGUUAUUGCAAAAAAUGUUUUAAAAUAAUGUGAAUUUUUAUGACCUGUUCUAUUUUACUUUGAAACAAUAUAUUUUGUAAGUUUUAUCAGUGUUAAUGAAUAAAAUGUUUAUAAGUUACAAAAAAAAAAAAAAAAUCGCAAUUACAAAUACACAAUUUUACAAUUUAUUUGUUUUCCUACUUAAACACUAUUUACAGUAUUUUAGAUAAUUUGCCAAAAGUGUAAAACGUUGACUUUUAAAAUAAAGUUUUAAGAUGAA